UUCCGAGGACUUUUUUCGUCGGUAUGUCCUCGGAAUAGCGUUAUUCCGACGACAUACCGACGAUUUUUUCCCUCAGUAUCCCGAUGUUUUCUUGUAGUGUGAAGACUUCCACAAUUUCAGAAUCAGCCAACGUGAACAUGACUCUUGUUAAGAAUAAUCGUUAUAUAUUUGCUACAAUGGGUUAGACUACAAAACCAAAUCAUACAUACCAGUUUUCAAUAUUUUCCUGUGUUUCAAACCUGUUCUUUCCGAUGAUGAAAGUUCAUUUGCCUGUUUUCUCCAUGACUAGUUUGUUUUGGUGUGUAUUUGUCUCCAUCUUCUUAGUUAAUACUCUUGUUUCUGUGCCAUUUCCUCUUCCCAACCAAAUAGAGAUCCUUCUGGCUUUCAAGAAGGAGUUUCUAUCGCCAACCUGCAGCCCUACGGUGCUAAGCUCCUGGACAAAAAACACUCGCUCUUUCGAUGGGGUUGUGUUUGAUAACGAGACCGGUGUAGUGACGGAGCUACACCUUUCUGAAGCAUGUCUCAAAGGCACCAUCAAGAACAAUAGUAACCUCUUCAAAUUCCAUCACCUCAGGUAUCUCGAUCUCUCUUAUAACCACUUUGAAGACUCUUUCCCUUCUGAAUUUGGCAACCACUUUGAAGAAUACUCUUUCCCCUCUGAAUUUGGCGGACUCGCCAACUUAGAGUUUUUGAACUUUCGCUAUAGUGGCUUGGUUGGCGAAGUUCCAUUAUCAAUUCAUAACCUAAGCCGCCUAACCUUCCUGGACCUUUCACAAAACGAUCUCACUGGUGGCUUUCCCCUUAUAUAUAAUUUAUCCAAGCUUUCCUAUUUAGACCUUUCCUAUAAUAACUUUAUUGGAACCAUUCCUUCUUCUCUUCUCACCAUGCCUUCCCUUUUAAACCUUGAUUUGCGACAAAACGGUCUCAGAGACCCACCUGAAAAUCUAAAUUCUUCUUCAUCCUCUAAGCUUGAAAGGUUAUACCUAGGCGGAAACCUUUUUAGUGGUCGGAUACUAGAGCCUAUCUCAAAGUUAGUCAAGCUCACGUCUCUAGACCUGUCAUUUCUCAACAUGAUCUACCCAAUCAACAUAGUUUUCUUGCCACUCAAGUCUUUGGAGUAUUUGGAUCUUUCCGGCAAUACUCUAUCAAGGCUUAAUACCAGUUCCACUGACCACGCCUUACCAAAGUUGGUCGAACUGAAGUUGUCCUACUGCAACAUCUUCGAGUUCCCCAAAUUUCUUAUGACUUUACAGUCUCUGGAGUAUUUGGAUCUUUCCUGGAAUAAUCUGUUAAGGCUUAAUACCAGUUCCUACCACGCUUUAACAAAGUUGAUCGAACUGAACUUGUCCAACUGCAGCAUCUCCGAGUUCCCCAACUUGUCGAAGACUCUAAACUUGCAGCAUUUAGACAUUUCAAACAAUAGGCUCAAAGGAAAAGUGCCUGCAUGGUUAUGGACUUUGCCUGUGACCAGAUUGUCUCUGUCUCACAACUCCCUCAAUGGUUUUGAAGGUUCGCGAGAAGUGCUCGUUAAUUCGUCUCUUGAAAUGUUAGAUUUGAUGUCAAACACCUUUGGAGGGCCUUUUCCUAUUCUUCCACCAACCAUCAACUAUGUGGUUGCAUCAAAUAAUAAUUUCACAGGGGAGUUGCCUCUUUCACUAUGCAAUCCAAGGAAACUAAGUGUCCUUGAUCUAUCGUCAAACAAUUUCAGUGGUCCAAUUCCCGGAUGCUUGGGUGAUUCAAUAAAUGGAGUGAUGAAUCUCCGUAAGAACAACCUUAACGGGAACCUUCCCCAUGAAUUAUGCAGAAGUGGCUCACUAACAACAAUUGACGUUGGCCACAAUCAAAUAAGUGGGAAGCUUCCCAGGUCACUUGUAAACUGCAAAAGCCUAGAGGUUCUAAACGUGGAGAACAAUCAAAUCAAUGAAACAUUUCCUUUCUGGUUGAAGUAUUUGCCGAAUCUGAAAGUGCUUGUCCUACGAUCAAACAGAUUCUACGGUCCUAUAUAUUCUCCUCAGUACCCCCUGACGUUUUCAAAACUGAGGAUCAUUGACAUAUCACGUAACAUGUUUGACGGGAGCCUGCCACCAAAUUACUUUGUGAAUUGGAGUGCAGCCAUCAGUAGUAGUAGUAGGCUUGAGUAUGGUCGACCGCGAGUGAAACUACUUAACACAUAUGGAAGCAUUGAUUUCUCUGGAAACAGAUUUGGAGGAGAGAUUCCAGAAUCCAUUGGUCUUUUGAAGUCGCUGCUUGCCCUCAACUUAUCCAACAAUGGUUUCACCGGUCAUAUUCCAUCGUCUCUAGCUAAUCUCACAGAGCUUGAGUCACUAGAUAUAUCUAGAAACCAACUUUCUGGGACAAUUCCACAAGAGUUAGGGAAGCUCUCCUUCUUGUCGUAUAUUAACAUGUCCUUCAACAAACUCACUGGGGAAAUACCACAGGGUACCCAAUUUCAAACGCAAAAUGAGUCUGCAUUUGAAGGGAAUAUCGAUCUAUGUGGCUUUCCUCUUCAAAAGAGUUGCUCCAUGGCAAAUGUAUCAUCCCAUGCUUCCAAACCAAUGCAUAACCUCAAUUCCCGUAAACCCUUGCUGCUAUUCUCGUUCCUCAUAGUCUUUCAUUUUGUUCUCUCUUUCUCUUUUCCACUUUCAACAAGUUUGUAGCAACUUUUGAAUGCAGUCUCUUUGUAAGUUUGUGUUUACUUUAAAUAAUCAACCUAAUGAUCAUA